AAUUCCCAUGACUAGCCAUUUCUCCCAUUUGUAUCUCUCUUCUUCUCUAUAAUCCCCCUCAGUAAACACUCCAUACAUACCAUGGCCCCAGCUCACAAGCAUCUUUUGAACACUCCCCAGACCCUCGUCGUCGACUCGCUAAAGGGCCUGGCUACCGUCAACCCCAACGUCAAGCUCGAUGAAGCCCAAAGAGUCAUCUACACCCCCGCAUCCGACCGGGUCGCCUUGCUCUCUGGCGGUGGGUCCGGCCAUGAACCCGCCCACGCCGCCUUUGUCGGCCCUGGUCUCCUCUCCGCCGCCAUCUCUGGCUCUGUCUUUGCCUCGCCCAACGUCGCUCAGAUCCGACGUGGUCUCGAGCUCGUCACGCGGGAAAAGGGCGGCCUGGUGGUGGUCAUGAACUAUACCGGCGAUGCGCUGCAUUUCGGGUUGGCAGCAGAGCAGCAUAGGAGUGCGGGUAAGGUGGGGGAUGUCAGGGUGUUGCUGGUAGGGGACGACGUGGCUGUAGGGAGGGAGCAGGGGAGUAUUGUCGGGCGUCGAGGUCUUGCGGGGACUAUACUCGUGUACAAGGUAGCUUCGGCGCUGUCCGACAAGGGCGAGAGCCUUGACGCUGUCGAGGAUGUUGCCAAGUUUGUCGCCUCCAGGCUCGGCAGUCUUGGUGUCGGCCUCGAACACUGUCAUGUCCCUGGUACCCGAGCCGGUGAAUCUCACUUGUCUGCGAAAGAGAUUGAGCUCGGCAUGGGUAUUCACAACGAGCCCGGCACGUCAAAGCUCGACCUGUCGACAGUCGCCAACCUCGUCUCUCACAUGCUCACGCAGAUCACCGACACCAAAGACAAGGACAGGUCGUUUGUCCCAUUUAAGCACGAUGGCACCGAUGAGGUUGUGCUUCUGGUGAACAACUUGGGAGCUAUAAGCGAGCUUGAGCUGGGCGGUAUCACCAACGAAGCGGCCAAGUGGCUCCAAGCAAACAAAAUCAAGCUCCGCCGAGUACUCGCUGGAACCUACAUGACAUCCCUCAACAUGCCAGGUUUCUCCUUGACCCUUCUCCUCCUCCCAUCUGCCUCUGAAAAGUCGACAUACUCUUCAGAACAGAUCCUCGAGUACCUCGACGCUCCUGCCAGUGCCCCUGGGUGGUCAUUCUAUGCCGCUCAGGAGCCUGGGGUGAUUGGUGAGAAGGUGGCGGAAGAGGCUCAGGUGGCUCCUCCUGGAGACGAGUCCAAGCUGCCCGCUUCCGACGCUCAAUCUCUCCUCUCGGCCAUCACCCGCGCCUGCAAAGCCCUCAUCGCCGCAGAGCCCGAGCUCACCGAGCAAGACCAGAUCGCCGGUGACGGAGAUGCUGGGCUCACCCUCGAAGCCGGUGCCAAGGGCGUGCUCAAGGCUAUUGAGCAGGGCAGGCUGAGCGGGAAGAAUGUCAUUGAUGACGUGAGAGUUAUUGCAGAGGUCGUAGAGGAGGACAUGGGUGGGACUUCUGGGGCUUUGUACUCUAUCUUCUUUGCUGGGUUGGGUAAGGGUCUGAGAGACCAGGCCGCUGCUGGAGCCGAGACUACAUCACCCGCAAUCUGGAGCAAGGCCGCCGCCGAUGCUCUCACCACUCUCUACAAAUACACCCGAGCUCGUCCCCCAUCUCGAACCCUCGUUGACCCUCUGCAAGCCUUCAUCACGUCCCUUCCCUCCAAGGGUCUCUCGUCGUCCGCUGAGGAUGCCCUUGUAGCAGCCGACAAGACCAAGGAGCUCGUUGCCAAGGCUGGUAGGGGAGCGUAUGUCAACCAGGAAGAUUUGAAAAAGAGGGAGGUGCCGGACCCUGGAGCGUGGGGUAUCUGGAGAAUUGUGGACGGGCUGAGAGGUUUUGAGGUUUGAAACGUGGUACGGGAGUGAAUGGACAUUCUGGUAUGAAAAAUGAGAGCGGUGUUCGCUUAUCUGGAAGUUUGGGCCAUGUACAAUCUCUGGUGCAAUGCAAGAUGCAACUCAUGGAAGAAAGGUCAAAACAAUCGCGCGCACGCGCCACACGAUCCGUAUCGCCGUAAUCCCGUGUCUCCACUCUCCUAUAAAUUUCAAGCCAACAACACUCUUUCUUCUUCUUCAUCAAGG